CGCAAAGUUUCCUGGGAGUGGUGGUUUGAUGGUGCCCCACACCUGCCUUCCUUGCGAGUGCACGAACUACAACUCCCAGGAAUCCCCGGAAUUAGACUCUGCAAAGGAGCGGGGUUUUAGCUUUGUCUAAAGUCCUGGCCAGAACCUGGAAAAUGUUGGUGGCCCCCCAGGAAAGAUCCUGUCCUCGGAAGAAGACUGGGCUGAAUCGCUGGAAACAGUUGACAAGGAAACUAAAUGCCGAGCCUGCUUUUGACCCUAAUAGUGUGGAACACUGGAUGAAGAGAGUGGAGAAAGCCUCAGAAUUUGCACUUUCAAAGACAUUUCCUGCUGGAAAUUCAGAUUUCUCCAGAAGACCAUGGGAGAAAGCUAUAGAUCUGGAAGCAUUUGAACAAAUAGAAGAUCAUGAUGAGAUCUAUGCAGAAGCUCAAGAACUGGUCAACGACUGGUUAAACACCAAACUUAAACAAGAACUAGCAAGUGAUGGAGAAGGCGAUACUGAAGACACCGUGUCAAGUUUCCCUCCUGUGCCAGAAGUCAAUGAUCAUCUGAAAUACAACAAAUUUGAUGAUUUAUGUGACUAUUUGGAGGAAGAAGAGGAAAGUACCACUGUUCAAAAAUUUAUAGACCAUCUGCUACACAAAGAUGUGGUGGAUUCUAGGAUGCUGGAAGAUCUUGGAGUGAAGAGAAACCAAGACAAGAAGCAGCAGAAGGAUCCUCGUCUUACCAUGGAGAUGAGACAUAAGCAGGUCAAAGAAAAUCGUCUAAGACGUGAGAAAGAACUAGAGCGCCGGAGAAUUGAAAAGACCCUGAAAAAAUCGGCAUUCUUAGAGGCUCAGUCUCUAGUGCAAGAAGAGAAGAAAAGGAAGGUUCUGGAGGCCAAGAAAGAGGAGGAGGAGAUUCAAAGAGAGAUGGUAAAGCUACGGAGGGAGAUAAUUGAGAGGAAACACACUGUGGAAGAAGCAUGGAAAACGGAGAAGAAAAGACUGGAGGAAAAUUCCUCCCAACAUCCAGAAAAAAGCAUGUUUCAAAGUUCUCGUGUUCUGGGUGAAGAAAAGAUAAUGGCAAAAGAAAAAAAGAAAAAACUGAAAGCUUUAUUAAUCCAAACUUUCAAGGAAGAUCACCAGUGUCAAAAGCGUUAUUUCUCUGCCUGGCACAAGCUGAUUCUUGAUGACAGGAUUAAGCUGGGGAAAGCUGGGACCCUCUCUGACUGGAAGUUUCAACUUAAGGUCCUACGAGCCUGGAGAGAUUAUACAAGAUCCCGGAAGCUGGAACGGGAGACUCAAGCCAUGGAGCAUGACCUUAGGGAAGAAAACAGAAAACAACAACUGGCCACAGAAUAUAACCGAAAACAAGUUCUCCGACACCACUUUACUGAAUGGCAGCAUUGGCAUCGUGCAGAAAUCCUAAAGAGAGAAAUGAUUCUAGCAAAGAAGGAAACCAGGAGGAAAAUAAAUGAGCUGCUAGCAGCAGCAUCACAAGGGAAACUUGGAGCAAAGCAGUCAUCGGGCAUCACUGAACUCGAAGAGGCAACAACCAUGGUGGAUACUUCUGGAAGAAAUGGAGAGGUUAUUGACAUACCCCCUUUGUGGGAAAAGCCACCAUCAAGGAGUAAUGGGUGUACGCUCAGUCCCCCAGUGGAAAGAUCAACAAAGAGCAAGUUGCAGGUUCCCAUCCAGAACUUCCCUAUAAACACACCUGAACAUAAUCAGCACAAGACACUAGAUGCUAGGCCCUCAGAGCAGCCUGGGAGUAGAGAGAAGCUCAAAACCACCAGCCAAAAAGCAGAACCCAUAUGCGUGGGUCAUUUAAAAAAUCGCCACGUCUUCCAGCAGCAGCUGAUUGAAAAGCAAAAGAAGAAACUUCAGGAACAGCAGAAAACAAUUCUGGAACUGAAGGAAAGUCAGAAACUGGCAGAGGCUCGGUGGGCAAUGGAACACGCCACAAUCGUGGAUGCACAGAACCGUCUGCUGUUGAACCUCAAAGAGGAGCCAAAAAGAACCUGUCACAUGCUUCCAAAUUCAUCGAUUGCUUCCUCUGGGGCUGAAGGCAGUAGAAGUGAUUCCCGAAAUUGUCUUUCUGAAACAAGAAGGAACCCAAGGCAGUUGGUGGCACCUCAUCCCAUAUUGAAAGCUAUGGAAGAGAGAGCAGUUCAGCGAGCUGAACGUAGGCGGAUCUUGGCAGAGAGGAAGAAAAAACAAGAAGAGGAGAAAUUGGCCCAGCUAAAGGCCCAAGAGGAGGAACGUCAGAAGAGAGAGGCAGAAGAAAAGGAAGCUCAAAUCAAGAAAAGACAAGAAGAAAAAAGAUUGAAGAAAAUGAAAGAACUAGAGAAAGAGAAGAGAAUUAAGAGGAAUCAACAGCUAGACGCAAUAGCCAAAGAACAUUAUGAAAGGAUCCUACUAAGAAAAAAAGGUCUGGAGCCUUGGAGGAGAUUGAGGCUGCAAAGCAAGCAAAACAUGCAGGUGGCCAAAGAACACCACUCCUUGACCCUGAAAAAGAAAUGCCUGCUGACCUGGUUCCAGUGUAGUCAGGAAAGCCUGGCUAGGAAGACAGCACAAGCUGAUCAAUUUUAUUCCCAAAUACUGCUAAGGAAGGUCAUUGGCAGCUGGCUACAGUACCUGACUGAUCUGGAGGAAGAAGUACAAAAAUUUCAUGUACAUUUUCUUCAAAAGAAGAUUUUCAGGGCCUGGCUUAACAUAGUCAGAAAGGACAAAACUGAUUUACAAAGCAAGCAAGAGAUUGCGGUGGAGCACAGUAACAGGAGGAUCAUCUGGAUCGCAUUUCAGACAUGGAAGGCAUUUGUAAAAUUUAUGAAAGAGGAAAGAGUAAAAGAGGAAAGGCGAGAAAUACUUCGUAGGAAGGUGGCUGAAAUCCUUCCAGACUUCCAGAAACUGGCACCACCGUGACUUUCAGUUGUACAGGCACUAGACAUUUGGCUCUGUGUAAGACCAGUCCUUGGUGUUUUGGUGAACACAAACCAUGAAGUGCUUAGGAUGGGACCCUUCACUGGUCCCUAAUAUGUAUGUUAUCUCUACCUACACGCACACACACACAUACACACACACACACACACACACAUAUAUAUAUAUAUAUAUAUAUAUAUAUACACAUACAUACAUUCAUACAUAACUUUGAGCUGUUUUGAAACUUCUUGGAAUAUUAACGGUUUCACUAAAAUACUAAUCACAAUAGAGAUCAUCCAAAGCAACCAUCUACAGUUGUGUACUUCAGAUAGGUCCUAUGUAUUUCCUUAGUAUUGUAAACUUUAAAAAAGGUUAAGUGUUUUCUAGCCUAAGUCAAUGACGGAAAAUAUAUAUCCUCAUAACUGACUGAGUUGUUGACAAAUGUAACUUUAAUAGAAAUUUAGAAACAGUGACUAAUUAGAAAAACAGGUCAUAGGCGGUCAGUCUUCUAGCAUUAGUUUAGCACCAGCAACAGGGAUUCUGCCAGUCUCUGUCCCUGUUGCCAUCUCCUAGUGGAAAACCUUUUUAUCAGAAGAUGCAUGGAGUGCACUCUCAUUUCAGAGAAAGUGGGGGCUCCAAAGAGACUUCUUUCCAGUGUACCUUGAUAAGCAUGAAGGAAAUUCCAAAAGCUAAUGACUAUCAAAGGCAAUUCAGCACUUAAUUAAAAGUCUGCUCAUGGUCCCAGUUGCAAACUUUAAGUAAUGCACUCAAUCUAUCUCUAGUCUUCAUCUCAGUUUGAUCUGCACAUUGAGAUACUUAUCUUGAAUUCAAAGAAUGUUUUAAUCUUUAAGAUGUGAAAGACUGUAAGGAUGAACAAAAUGCUCCCUUUUGUGAACUUAAGAGAAUUGCCUGCUGGAAAAAAAUUUCUUUUUCUUUACAAAAUACGUUUAGUACAAUAAAUUCAAGAAAUCAAUAAAUGUACCCAAUAGAAUAAGAAAGUCUCUUGCAGCCCUAAGUUUCUGCUAUUAUUUGAGAAGUCAGAAAAAUUUGAGUGGGUAAAAUAAAAUUCUGUGUGCUGUUCAGUAAA